AUGGUACUCGGCUGCUGUAUCGACUGCAAACAAUAGGAGGGGCUCCUGCUAUACUCCAUGGUUAGUAUCCAAAGGCUGUGCUGCCUUCAAGAAGUGGUACCAGCAGCUGAGAGACUGCUGCACCAACACCGCUAUGUGUGCCCUCUGACUGCAGCCAGGGUAUUAUGGAGAUUGGUGGUCUACCACUGGAACUGUGGCGUCUAAUUCUAGCAUACCUGCCUUUGCGUGACCUGGGGCGCUGUGGCUUGGUCUGCAGGUCCUGGUAUGAUCUCAUUCUCAGUCUGGAUAACACUCGAUGGCGGCAAAUGUGCUUGUGUUGUGUAGAGUGCAGGCACCCGAACUGGCCAAUCCAACCUGAAGUAGAGCCCAGGUCAUGGAGAGAAGCUUUCAAGCAGCAUUAUGUUGCAUCAAAAACAUGGACUAAAAGUGCACAGGAUCUGGAAUCCUCCAACUGUUUAUAUUUAUUCCGGAGGAAGAAAGACCGCAGAGUUCUCUACGUUGGUUAUGGCUGUGAGUAUGAAAACCUCAGGACUGCUGUAGCUUCAGCUAAUAUUUAUGACCGUAUUGUGCUCCAACCAGGAGUCUAUGAAGAACAAAAUGAAAUAAUUCUUAAAGUCCCGGUAGAGAUCAUGGGCCAGGGAAAACUUGGUGAUGUUGCACUGCUUGUGUGCAUUGACCAGCAGUGUCCUACCUCUCGACUUUGCAACUUAGUCUUUAUGCCUGCUUGGUUCACUCCUGUUAUGUUUAAGACAUCAAUUGGACAUGUUCAGUUUGACAACUGCAACUUUGAGAAUGGACAGCUACAAAUCCAUGCACCAGGGACAUGCCAGAUAAGGUUUUGCACUUUUAAUCAGUCUAGCAUACAUUUUCACAACGUGGCCCUGAGUUUACUUGAAAACUGUGAGUUUGUAAGCAGUGAAAAUGCCUCUGUGACCGUGGAAGGAUCUCCUACCUCUGACAAAAACUGGGCCUGUAAACAUCUUGCAGCUUUUGCAAAGUCAAGGAGUAUUUUGUUAAGCGCCUCUGAGACUUCCCAUUGUGUAUCCGGGAGCAAUGAUCUUUCGGCUUACGGUUCACCUGAAGCAAAUGUGAGGACAUGUGAAAUUGUGGUUAGUGGAGACCAGGGUCACCUGCUCCCACUUUCAAAAUCUCAGCUACAGGAGGAUAAAGUCGGUGAUAAGGAAAAUGAAUUGAAUGGAAACUUUUACACGUGCAAGAAAGGGGAAGCAAUGACUCUAGAUACGGAAUACAGUGACAGUGAAAUAAGUGAUGAGGAUGAUGAUCAGUCAGUGUACAAAUUGUCUUAUCAUUCCCAUGGCCUAAGCCACAUACUUGCCAAAUCCAUACAGUGCAGACCACAGACAAAUGGGCUUCUGAAUCUGCAGCGUGACAUGGCACUGAAAAGUUUGCAACACGAGUUGCAGAGGGACAAGGAGUUGCAAACCAUUGCUAGCACUGUGCAAGGAUGUCUUAUACGGAAGUGCCUUUUCAGAGACGGCAAGGGAGGAUUGUUCAUCUGCUCUCAGGGGCAAGCUAGAGUAGAGGGAUGUAUCUUCCGGGAUCUGACAUACGCUGUACGGUGUAUACAGAACAGCAAGGUCAUAAUGCUGAAGAAUGAUAUUUACCACUGCAAAGCUUCAGGAGUGUUUUUACGUCUAGCAUCUGGAGGCCUUAUUGCUGACAAUAAUAUCCAUUCGAAUACUGAAGCUGGAGUGGAUAUCCGAAAAGGAGCCAAUCCUGUAAUAUUGUGUAAUAGGAUACACAGUGGCCUCCGUUCAGGCAUUGUUGUCCUAGGCAACGGCAAAGGCAGCAUCCGUAGCAAUCAGAUCUAUGGAAAUAAGGAAGCUGGCAUUUAUAUUCUGUACAAUGGGAACCCUGUUGUGAGUGGAAACCAUAUUUUUCAAGGACUUGCUGCUGGAAUUGCAGUCAAUGAAAGUGGAAGAGGUCAAAUUACAGAAAAUGUGAUCCGUGAAAAUCAGUGGGGCGGAGUUGACAUCCGAAGAGGUGGAGAUCCAGUUCUAAGAAGUAACCUCAUAUGUUGUGGAUAUUCUGAUGGAGUUGUUGUAGGAGAGAGAGGAAAAGGACUCAUUGAAGGAAACACCAUUUAUGGUAACAAGGGAUGUGGUAUAUGGAUAAUGUCCUCCAGUCUACCCCACAUUACCAGCAACCAGAUUGGGCAUAACAGCAUUUAUGGGGUGGCAGUAUUCUGCCGCAAAGAUGAUGCCAGCGACUACCUCGCAAACCAAGCUGGAAAUGAAAACUUCAAUGAUGAAGGAGAAGCAGCAAACUGGGAAAAUGAUCUGGAUAGUGAGGAUGAUCGGUUCUCCUCAAGAAGACCUAUCAAUGUAGCACUUAUUGAAUCCAACAGCGUCAACCACAAUGGAGCUGCUGGACUGUACAUCAAAAGCAAUGAAGCUCUUAACAUUAUUGCUAAUGCUAUACAUGCCAACCAAGACAGCGGAGUGGCAGUAUUUCAGAGCACUCAGCUGGCACGAAUUGGAAAUAACAGCAUAACAUGCAAUAAACUAAGUGGUGUGCAUGUGGAGACAGGAUGCCGAGUGGAGCUGCGGGGUAAUGGCAUCUAUGAUAAUCGGAGCCAUGGCAUUACAUCCAAGGGUGAUGGUAUCAUUAUAGAGAAUGAUAUAAUAGGAAAUCGUGGAUGUGGGCUCCAGCUAAUCCUGACUGCUGACAUGAAGGUGACUAGAAACAGGAUUCAGUCAGUAAACGAUUAUGGUAUAGCUCUUCUGGAUCAGACCAAAGGACUUGUGCAAGAAAAUAUUAUUUUUCAAGGAAAAUCUGGAAAAAACAUUUUGCAGCAAUUAUUAAACAAUGAAGAUUGCAUUGUACAACAUAAUAAACUACUAACAUAUAAACGAAAGUCUGAUGCAACUUGGAAAUUAGAGAAUCCUCCAGCCAGACCAUACAUUGAAGGAUGCACAAGAGGUGUAUCCAGCACUCAAAGCAGCCAAAGGGUUGCAACAGUGACAACCAGAAUUGCUGCCAGAGUGGAAGGACGCUGUCACAAUAAUGGCAGUAUCUUCUGUACAAUCCUGUAACUGAAUCUUACCCUCCUGUUCAGACUGGAAAAGAGUUACAUGCCAAUUUAAUCUCUGUAAUGCAAAGGCCGGGGAUCUCGGGAGUUUUACUCUUGAAGUCUAAUCCUGAAAAUGUGGCGUACCUAUUCAUACAAAACGAGUACAGCUUAUAAUAUUCGUUGAUCAAAGGACAUUUUUUUAAAAACAUUUUUAAGAAUUGUUUUGUGUCUCCUACUCUGACUUUUUCUGUUACCUGCCCGAAAAGCAUUUAUUUUUUUUAGGAUGUGAGAUGGCAUUGGAGGUCUUUGUGCCUAGGAGCUACUCAGAUGUCAGUCUUGCCCUUGAUAAUUUUCGCCCUAACAUGUAUCUCAGCUCUUUUUUUUUUUUAUUAUAUAAUUCAUAAGUCAGCAUAUCUGCCUGAAACUAAACCAUAAACCACAUUGAAUGUCAAAAUGUAAAAGAAACUUUAAAAAAACAAAACAUAAACAUGAGUCAACUCACCUUUCCACCAGUCUCUAACUUAUUCUGCU